CUACCUCGCCCAUUCCGUGGCUCCAUGUCUGUGUCCUCCAGCAAUCCGAACUUCCCUUCAGAGCUGGACAUCAAACCUUCAAGCACAUCACUGGAUGGGAAGUUUGACCACUUGUCAGAUGAUAGAUUUGGUGCGAGGGCACAAGCACAAGCCAUAGAGACUUAUGGCAUAGCCGGGCGCGUCUGGGAGGCAUCGUACGCCAUACUGGCAUACUUGGAUCGUGCUGCAGCCGUGCAAGAUGUGCGCGAUGUAUUAGAACUUGACCCAGCGCCAUUCACGGACCCGACGCUCCGAGUCGGGCACUCUGACAGAGCGACCUGCUGCCGCGAACCAUUAACCAUCCUUGAAUUGGGUUCCGGGACUGGGUUGGUGGCAGCACGUAUAGGAACCUAUCUACAAGAAAGACGCGACGCCUUCGUCGCGACGGACCUCCCAGAGGUCUGUUCGCUCCUCCGGAAGAAUCUACGAGACUGCGCCACAGUAGAGGUCCAUCCUCUUGCAUGGGGUAGCCGUCACGACGCGAUGUCUCUUGCUGACUUGGUAUGUCGACGCCUCUCCCCGUACGCCCACCAAUCGUGUCUCUCCAGGUCUACUUCCCGGCCCUCCUCGCUCCGCUAUUGCGCACCCUUCUUCACGUCACAUCAGAACCCAUCAUUGUUCCGCCCCAAGAACCACCGUCGGUUAUCAUCUCAUACAAGAUUCGUAGCCUCGUGAAGGAGGCCGCGUUCUGGGCUGCAUUCGGACUCUGGUUCACGUUCUCACCCGUCCUCGCCAGACGCAAAGCCCCGGCUACAGACAAGCCUGGGGAAGGUCUAUGGGACAGGUUCGUUCCCGUUCCUGGCCAGGACGAGACAUUCGUGUUCGUCGCGCAUCGACGACCGGAAUCGAGGACGUGGACUAUCCCGGAAAGCGACGAGGAUCUGCUCGGAGGGGUUGGCGCGUGGGGAACGUUGGGUCACAAGGGAGACGGUACUUUCGAGACGAUGUUGCUGAUGUCACUCGACGC